CUGUAUUCUCCCCUUCAUAUCCAUCAACGAAACACUUAAUAAUGGGUCUAAUUGUCCAUAGGGCGCGUGUAUGUAUCUUUGUAUUCGCUCUUGUCGCAGAAUUUGCCUUGGGACAUGUCGAGGUUAAGGACGACAAACACUUGUUUCACAAACCUCGUCCAUUCUUCCACAAGGGUUUUAGAAAGGGUUUGGGAGGUGGAGGUGGUCUAGGUGGCGGUGGUGGUCUUGGAGGCGGUGGCGGUUUGGGCGGAGGAGGUGGUCUAGGAAAAGGUGGCGGUCUUGGUGGAGGUGGUGGUCUAGGAGGCGGUGGCGGUCUAGGUGGUGGUGGUGGUUUGGGCGGAGGGGCUGGAGGAGGAUACGGGGGUGGUGCUGGAGGAGGACUUGGGGGCGGUGGCGGUGCUGGAGGAGGAGGAGGAUUUGGUGGCGGAGGGGGAUUUGGUGGCGGAGGAGGCUUCGGCGGUGGGGCUGGUGGUGGAGGAGGAUUUGGAGGCGGUUAUGGUGGCGGUGGCCAUCACUAAUGAGUGAUGAGGCUCAUGCUCAUGCAUCGUAACGUUGUUAUUAUUUAAUGAAACAUGAUAAUUAGUUACAAUAAAAGGUAUAUAUUAGCAAUUGUGUAUGUUGUUGUUUCUAUUAGUUUUCACUUGUAUUGUAGUAUGCUAUUUUCAUGUUAUGCUUUGUUUGAUUUCAAGUUUCAACUUUCAAGUUUGGUUAUAAUAAAAUGGUUGCUUUACUUUUUGGCAACAGUAUUUUUUUUUUU